AUGGAAGGAAGCAAGCUCCACAGGGAGAGAUCUCCCUUCUACCUGGUUCUCGCUCUUCUGCUUCAAGGAAGGGGCAGUACUUUCACCAUCAAUUGCUCAGGGUUUGGCCACUAUGGGGUGGAUCCCUCUAUUCUGAACCCGGUGUUUGAGAGAAAGGCCUUCCGUCCAGUCACCAACAUCAGCCUCCCUACAAGAGUCAACAUCUCCUUCACGAUGUCUGUCAUCCUAGAUGUGGAUGAACAGCUACAGCUCUUGUCAUCAUUCCUGUGGCUGGAAAUGGUCUGGGAUAAUCCAUUUAUCAGCUGGAACCCAGAGGAGUGUAAGGGCAUCGCGAAGUUCAGUAUAGCAGCCAAGAACCUGUGGCUCCCGGACAUUUUCAUCGUUGAGUCCAUUGAUGUGGAUAAGACCCCAAAAGACCUCAAAGCGUAUGUGAGUAAUGAAGGUCGCAUCGAAUAUAAUGAACCCAUGAAGGUGUCCAGUGUGUGUAACCUGGACAUCUUCUACUUCCCCUUUGACCAGCAGAACUGCACACUUACCUUCAGGUCAUUCGUCUACACAGCGGAACACUUGGUGCUGGGCAUGGAGAAAGAAGUGUGGGAAUUAACAGACGUGUCCCGGGAGAUCGUUCAGGCCUAUGGAGAGUGGGAGCUCCUGAGCAUAAAGAAGGCAACCCCAAAGAUGUCUGUGGGCCCCAACUUGUAUGAUCAGAUCGCGUUCUAUGUGUCUGUCAGGCGCAGGCCCAGCCUCUACAUCAUAAACCUUCUGAUGCCAAGUAGCUUUCUGGUUGCCAUCGACGCCAUCAGCUUCUACCUGCCAGCAGAAAGCGAGAACCGUGCCCCAUUCAAGAUAACCCUUCUGCUGGGCUACAACGUCUUCCUGCUCAUGAUGAAUGACUUGCUCCCCACCAAUGGCACCUCGCUCAUCAGUGUCUACUUUGCCGUGUGCCUGUCCCUGAUGGUGGUCAGCCUGCUGGAGACCGUCUUCAUUACCUACAUGCUCUACCUGGCCACCACCCAGCCACCUCCCAUGCCUCGGUGGCUCCAAGCCCUGCUGCUGCACUGCACCAGACCAAGGAGAUGCUGCCCCACUGCACCCCGGAAGGGAAAUAAGGGCCUGGGUCUUGCCCCCACCCACCUGCCCGACCUGAAGGAGCCAGCAGAGUUGGUGGGGACAGUGCCAGGCCCCAGAGAAGCAGGGUCAAAUGGGUGCCCUGAAUCAGUGAGGGCUCAGCAUGAACAGGAGGCCCAGAAACAGCACUUGAUAGAACUGUGGGUGCAGUUCAGCCUCAUGAUGGACACCCUGCUCUUCUGCCUCUACCUGCUCUUGUUGGCCUCCUCCAUCAUCACGGUCAUCGUCCUCUGGAACACCUAA